AUGAAGUGCCGAAUCCCCAUCGAAGAAAGACACUUCAUUCAAAUGGCUCAGGCUGCCCUCAAAAUCUCUCUGAGGAAAAGAUUUGAUGGGAUGCUGUUUGGAGAUCUGGCAGAACUGGCAGAUAAAGCGGCCAAGUACGAGGAAUUGCUCAGAGAGGAACAGCAGAAGAGAAACUCUUCCAAAGGCACGUAUUAUAAAUCCCCUUCCUCCUCAAUACAUAUGAUUGAAGUAGAGUCAGAAGAAGAUGCGGAGGAAUCAGAGGAGAGAGAGGUUGCAGUUGCGGAAAUGGCAAAAUUAAAGCAUCCCAUCAGUUGUAAGACUCUUACAAAACCCCCAAGGGAUCAGAAGCCGCCACCAUUCACAGGAGGGUUUGUUCCAAACAAACCCAUGCAGAACAAAGUGUAUUCCUUCGAUCUGACCAAAGUAGAUGCCUUGUUCGAUGAAAUGUUGCUACAGAAAGCAAUAGAGACACCUCACAGAAUGCCCAAGCCAGAAGAACUCAAGGGCAGGCAGUAUUGCAGAUGGCACAAUUCUUGGAAUCAUUCUACCAAUAGUUGUGUUGUUUUCAGAGAUGUCAUACAGGAAGGAAUAACAGCAGGAAGGCUGAAGCUAGCAGAGAAACCUCCAUCUGUCACCACAGAUCCUUUUCCCCAGCCACAAGUUAACAUGGUCAACCUAAAUUGGCCAGAACGGAAGAAGGACAGACCAGCCAUGCAGGCUGGCUCCAGUGGAAGCAGAAUAGUUUCAAAGGAGACUAUGGAAAGACCAAAAGCAACCAUUUCAGCUGGAAUAGUGCUCUGCAGCAGGUGCAAUUGUGAGGCUGAGUUGGAAGUAGUCCUGGAAAAACAGGAGCUGCCCAUUCCAAGUGUUUUUGACCGGAUCGGAACCACGCCCCAUGAUAGGGACCAGACAGAGAAACUACCCUAG